GUGCAGAUGGCGGGAGCCGGGCGUAGAGGGGCUACUACGGUGGGGACGGCGGGGCCUGGGGGUCCGGGGCGGCCGCAGGGGAGAAAGCAGCAGCUGCCGGGGAAGCAGCGCUCGGCGCCGUGGCCCGGACAGCGCAGCAAAGAAAAAAAGAAAGUAAAUUGCAAGCCCCCAAACCAGGACGAACAGGAAAUCCCUUUCCGGCUCCGAGAGAUUAUGAGGAGCCGCCAGGAGAUGAAAAAUCCCAUCAGUAACAAAAAGAGAAAGAAAGAAGCCCAGAUGGCCUUCAGAAAGACAUUGGAGAAGGAAGCAAAAGGAGUGGAGCCGGACAUUGCUGUCCCCAAAUUCAAGCAGAGGAAGUGGGAGUCUGACGGGGCCUACAUCCAGCGUAUGGAGCAGGAGGCCCAGCAUGUGCUUUUUCUCAGCAAGAACCAGGUGGCCCGGCAGCCUGAGGUGCAGGUGGCUCCCAAGAAGGAGAAAUCUGAGCGGAAGAAAGCGUUCCAGAAACGGCGACUGGAUAGAGUCCGGCAGAGAAGGGAGGAAAAGACAGCAGAAAGGCUGGAGCGGGAGCUGCUCCGAGGUGGCUCUUCUGAAGCGACUGCGUCGGCCUCGGGCCCCGCUGUCUUCCCGGGACACGGUGAAGUUUGGCGAGGUUGCCCUGCAGCCCCCAGAGCUGACCGCCCAGCCCAGGAUGAGCAGGGGCGGGGGCCAGCCUGGGAAGAAAUCGCUGAUGCUGAGGAUGCUUCUGAGCCCUGGUGGUGUGUCCCAGCCUCUGACCGCAUCACUGGCCCGACAGCGGAUUGUUGGGGAGGAGAGACAGCGGGCUGUGCAGGCCUACCGGGCACUAAAGACGCGGCAGCGGCAGGCGGCUCAGUCCCCAUGGCCACCCCAUUCACCCCACCCCGCUUCCAGGAAGAAGGCAGAGACCUGUCUGUGACGGUGUGACCAGGGCCUCCACACCUGCGUCGGGGAGGACACGUAGAUGGCCUGUACACAAGGGUCCUUUCCCCGGAGCACACUGGGACUCCCAGGCCCCCAUGUACCAGCUCUCGAGUGUAGAACAGGGCUCCAGGUCUCUGCUCUCUCGUUUUUUCCUCCCCGAAGAGGGCUCUUCUGUGACUGACCGUCUGCUGGGCCAUCUCCCACAGGGCAUUGUCCGUCCCAAGUCCCCAGAGACAGACCAGCACCUGUUUGGGACACAGCCAGUCGGGCAUCACGCACAGCUUUGUGCUGAACACACAGGUCCAGCCUGAGACAACCCAUGGUCACUUCCGGGAGGGCCAAUCCCGUAAUCCUGUCCUUAAACGCUGACUAACUGUAGACACUGCAGACUUGGCCAGCCAAGCCGAUAACUGAGGCCCCGUUGGGUUCAACAGUGCAGCACAGCUGGAAACACAGCCUAGGUGGGGGUGGGCUCAGCGCCUCGGCCACCUGGACCCUCUCCUGGUGCCUUGUCCCUGUGCCACAUCCCCACAUGGAGUCGGUUUGAGGAGGUCUGUUCUUCGUGUCCCCAAGGACUCCGGGGAGAGAAGAGCAGGGGUGAAGCAGCUUGACGGCAAGGACGGGAUCCUGGCCCCGCAACUUUCUUGUAGUUAAAAAGGCUGCGUGUGAAUUCCUGCCGAAGGAGGGAGCCCCACAUGUUCUGAGGGUGCUCAGCUGUAGGACCGGGGGUGCGGGGGGAGGGGUGGAGUCCUGCUCACAUCCCUGUGAAGGCACCUGGCUCCUCCCUCGGGCUCACCAGCUCAGGUGCCUCUGGCUGGCAGAGCUGGGCUGGGACAGCUCAGGAAGUGCUGUCUCCGCCUUGGCCAGGGUGGCCCUGCACGGCGUGGGGGGUGUGUUUCUGUGGGAUCCUUUUUUGCCCUUCCCUAAGUUUGUAUCCCUUACAAUGUAUAUUUUCAAAUCAAGAAAUUUUACGUUGAAGCUGUAUUUGAGAUCAGAGCUAUUAGCUUCUCAGGAACGUGUUUCUGUGUGGCAGGGCCCGUCUCCUGCAUGGAGUGGCAGGGGUGCUGGCUGCCAUCACUGUAGGCAGGGGUCCCCCCCAGAGCGCAGCGGGCAGGCAGGGGCAGGACCAGGGGUGAACACAGUCCCUGAGAAAUACCCACGUCCCUGGGCUCCUUGCCAAGCAUGGCACAAAAGCAGGAAGGUAGAAAUGGGUUGUGGUGGGAGGAAAUUUGCCUUUCAAGACCGAGUUCACGUGUCAGCUUUGCUCAGGCCUGUCAGUGUCCUCCAAACUCACCAACUCAGCCCAUGGCUUUGCCAUGAGAGAUUACCAGGCCCAAAUCUCAGAGAUGGACCCUGAGCUGGGGGUCGCCCCUAGAGACAGAACAAAGUGCACGUCCCCUGAGCGCGCGGAGCUCUCUGAAGGUGGGAGGUGUGAGGAAAGCCCAUUCACCCUGGAUGCCAGGUUGUCCGUGACAUCCACCAGGACUCGCCCACGGGAUGGAGACCACCGCAUCUACAGCCGCACAGUGGGACCCCUGGAGCAGCGGUGCCCU